AAUGGUUUGGAGGUGCGGCGGUAUCGUCCUGCCUCCUCGCGCCUAGCUGCCGCUGAGCAAGCUUUGCGCACACACGGAGCUCGCGCAUCUGGUCGUCAUCAGCAGCAGCAGCAGCAGCCCUUCCUGCUCAGAUGUGACUCAACCCGAGUGGGAACACAGCUUCUUCUGCUAAUCAGAGGACUUCUGGGAAAAAAGAGAUAGUUUCUCCUGCAGCAGGACACGCUGAUGUUUCUCUUGUUUUGCAGUUGACGCGCGCGGCUGGAUGGAUUGUCUGUAAAGGGUUUGAUCGGGAGGAACAUCAGGCGAGGAGAAAACUUUGCUGAAGUUUGUUGGAGCCCUACGCGGCUGAUCUGGAUGUGAGCAGACCUGAGAUCUGCUCGGAACAAACCGAGUCUCUCUGUGUGUUUCUGGAGAAUCUGCUCGGACGCUCUGCAUGCAAGGAUCUUCUUCUCUUUCUUUUUAAUAUCGCUGCGUUUUUUCGCUGUUCCCCUCUUGCGUCAUGACUUCUAGCUAUGCACAUGCAAUGGACAGGCAAGGCUCGCUAUCAAACCGGCUGGAGAGUCCGAUCACCUCUAACCUGGACAACCUUCAAGCCAAAAAGAACUUCUCGGUCAGCCACCUGCUGGAUCUGGAGGAGGCCGGGGAAAUGGUCGGCACCCAGGCUGACGAGAGCGUCGGGGAGGCGGGGAGGAGUAUGCUGGAGUCCCCGGGGAUGACCAGCGGGAGCGACACGACCCAGCAGGAGAAUGAGCAGAUGAACACGGAGGAGAAGAAGAAGAGGAAGCAGCGCAGGAACAGGACCACCUUCAACAGCAGCCAGCUGCAGGCUCUGGAGCGAGUGUUUGAGAGGACACACUACCCCGACGCCUUCGUGAGGGAGGACCUCGCCCGCCGGGUCAACCUCACAGAGGCCCGAGUCCAGGUUUGGUUCCAGAACAGGAGAGCUAAGUUUCGCAGGAACGAGCGCGCCAUGCUGGCCAGCAAAAACGCCUCGCUCCUCAAGUCCUACUCCGGAGACGUGACGGCGGUGGAGCAGCCGAUCGUCCCGCGUCCGGCACCCCGCCCCAACGACUACCUGUCCUGGGGGAGCGCCGCCCCCUACAGUCCCAUCACUCCCCUCUGUCAGCAUGAGCAGGGCGGGCCCAGAUCCUGUGACCCUCCUGACGAGCUGGUAUCCGAUGCCGGAGGGGGGGCCAGUGCGAGUGCCACAGAAAAUGCUGCCCUCAGAGAACAACGCCAUGGCCACCUACCCGCCCACCUGCUCCAACACCAACACGUCCCAGGGCAUGAACAUGGCCAACAGCAUCGCCAACCUGCGGCUCAAAGCCAAGGAGUACAGCUUGAAUCAAGUGCCCACGGUCAACUAAGAGGAGAGGCCGGGGGCUGGUGCAGGAGAGGGGGGGGGCCUCUCUGCCGCUGGACCCCUGCAGACGGGCACCGUCUCUGGGUCGAGCAUCAUCUUACGUACCCUGGAUCCUGAAGCCUCCUCUCCUCCUGGGGCAGCGAUACUACACCUAUAUGCAAAUUGUCGGACCCCGAGUGAUGUCCGGAUUUUCCCUAAGCCGCCUUUUUUUAUCCUCCUGGGCAUCGCUGAACUCUCGUUUGUACAAAGAGACACAUAGACUGGAAGCUGUAGCCAAAUAUCUGCCUAGUUUUACCUUUGUGAUUGUGACUGAAAUGGAAGGAGAGUUUUUCAACGUUUUCUUUUUCAAUCGAAGAACUUGUUCUCGACGGAGACUCGUGUUUGGACUACGUGGAAUUCCCUUUGUCCCGUUGGCUGUGGUUUGGAUAAAUGACACAUCAAAUUUGGGAUCAACAACCCUUUUUUCCCCCCACUUUUAAAAUCAACAAUACACCGACAAGGACUUCCUCUGACAUUUAUGCAAUUAAAAAAAAAAAAGUUUUGUUUUUCCACAUUUUCUCUGCCAUGCUAUACCACUGACGAGCAAACAUUUUCAACGCAUUUUGAUUUUCGUGUAAUGGUCCAAUAUAAAGGAGAGGCUAAUGUAUUUCUGAAUCCAAAACCUUCUCUAAAUUUCCUAUGAUAACCUUUAUUUGUAACAGAAUAAAAACUUGUAUAUUAAUAAAAAAUGCAUCACAAGCAAUGCAAUGGCACAGUGUCCAAUUCAACAGUUCAACACAUUUUCCACUUUCUGGAGAAAGAAUAACAUAUAAUUGUAUGACAGUUGAAUCCAUUUUGAAAGCACAAUGAUGUUGGACCUCAUGAGUUCCAUAAAAGGAAGAUUUACAACUCGAGAACAGAUUCUCUUCACAGAAACCUCAAGCGGCUCCUGCUUUGUGUUUUCUCUUUUUUUUCCUGAUUACCAGAACCUGACAUUUCCAUCUUAAAAACAGGAUAUUUAUGUGCAGGGAAAUCCUCUCUUUAAUGUGGAGGGCCCCUGGGCCUCGUCUGACUCUGCGGCUGUCACACAAAGUGUUUCUUCUCCUUGGCCCCUCAUAACCUCCGCCUGCAACAAACACAUGUCCACACUCGUCCUCCUACGACUCACACAGGACCAAAGAGUGGGGACGAUUGAAACCGCAGUUGAUGUGGGAGAGUUUCGAUUUUUCAGGAAAAAGUGAUCAAAAGGGACACAAGCAUAUUGUCUGUGGAAAUACAUACAAUACUGAAACGACUGCAGGGUUUUUUUUAAUUUGUCAUUGAGUUGAGAGUUAUUUUAGCUUUGCUGAUGUCAAAUCUUUAAACAUCAUGAACUUUUGCGUACAACAUAUUCUAAAUUCCUAUAGUUUUAUGUUAAAUUCAGCAUACAAGUUACAUUUCAGGCAACUUUAAUCCUCCAAAAAUAUUUGGAUUCACUAUUAUUGGUAUUGUCUCGUGCUAUUUCCUUUGGCAUCCAUCAUCAACUUUUCAGCUUUCUGUUUCAUUUUAUUUUUCAAGUACUUGGUACAGCUUCGAAAUUCUGACACUUUACUGAAGUAUUUCAAUAUUUCAAAACAUUUAUUGACAUUUUUAUUUUUAUAGAUUCAGAUUUAACAGCCAACAUGUGGCGAGCUCACGAAAUAAGCGAGUUGUCCAGCAAAAAACCUUUUGAAAACUCUUAGAAAAAGCCUUUUUUGUUAGUCUUUGCAGCAUGCUACCCUAGAGGGAAUGAGCUCUGAGGAUUUCUUCCACUUUGGCAUGUAAUCCAUCAUCUGAUUUUAAGCAGGAGAAUCCCUGUGAAAGCAUGAUGAUUUGGGGAGUUUUUCAUCAUUUCAUUAUCUCCAAUGUGGGAGGUUUUACAACUAAGAAUUUAUUUUGGAUCAACCUAUAAUUGCGUAUAUCUUUGAUUGCAGUUUGAUUAAGUAAACGAUGUAAUGGCCAUUUGUUGAGUUGUGUGGUUAGUCGUAAUAAAGAGCU